GCCGUGGGAGGGAGGUGGCGCCUCUUCUCCCGCCCGCCGCCUCCCUCCCCUUUCCCUUUAGACCCGGCGGCGGCGGCCGGCUUCAUUCAGCGCCCCACGAUGCUGCUGGACGCGGCGGACCGCCGGGGCAACGCGACGUCUUGCGAGCGGAAGGGCGGCGGGACGCUGCCGUCGGACGAGAGCCCGCUCAUCGCGGCGCUCAUGUUCGCGGCCGGCGUGCUGGGCAACGUGCUGGCGCUGGCGCUGCUGCUGCUGGCCAGGCGCCGCCGGCAGGCGCGGCGGGAGCGCCCGGCGCCGUUCAACGUGCUGUCGACGGCGCUGGUGCUGACCGACCUGCUGGGCACCUGCCUGAUCAGCCCGGUGGUGCUGGCGGCCUACGGGCGAGGGCGCAGCCUGGAGGCGCUGGCCGGGAAGCGCCAGGGGGGCCCGCUGUGCCACUACUUCGCCUUCGCCAUGAGCUUCUUCAGCCUGGCCACCAUGGGCAGCCUGGCCGCCAUGGCGCUGGAGCGCAGCCUGGCCUUCGGCGCGCCCUACUGCUACGCGCGCCUGCUGAGCGGCCGGCGGCGCGGCGCGCUGCUGCUGGGCGCCCUGCCGGCCUUCGACGCGCUGGCCGCCGCCUUCUGCGCGCUGCCUCUGCUGGGCUUCGGCCGCCACGUCCAGUACUACCCGGGCACGUGGUGCUUCAUCCAGCUGCGCUUCGCGGCGGGCAACGGGACGGCGGCGCGCUCCUCCUCGGCGGAGAGGGGCGAGCUGACCUUCUCGCUGCUCUACGCCUCGGCGCUGCUGCUGCUCAUCCUCUUCGUGGUCCUCUGCAACCUCAGCGUCAUCGUCCACCUGCUCUGCCUGCACCGGCGGGGCAAGGACGCCCGGCGGGUGGCGCCCCUCGACGGGCGGGCGCAAGGCCGCCCUGGCGGCGACUACCGGAGGCCGCUGUCCAUGUCCGAAGAGCUGGACCAGCUCAUCCUCCUCAGCAUCAUGACCAUCAUCUUCGUGGUGUGCUCCUUGCCCUUCACGAUACGUGCCUUCAGGAACAGUUUUAUACUAAACACUGAUUGCAAGAAGGACCUCCAGGCGUUGCGCUUCUUGUCCAUCAAUUCCAUCAUUGACCCCUGGGUGUUUGUCAUCUUGCGGCCUUCCGUCCUGCGAGUGGUGCGGUCCGUGCUCUGCUACCAGAUACCCCUGAAGCGACAAACGCAUCCUAAGCAGGGUCCUUGCCCUGAGCCCACCAAGCAGGCUGACGUUUGCAGACAGUAGGUUGUCCUGGUUUUGGAGAAGGCCCUGGGAAGUCCAUGCGCACAUGGCUCCUUGGGGUCACGAAAGAAGACAUGGACACACCACUGGAAUGCUGCACUUUUGGAUUCACGGCAAACUGGGCUGCUGCCUGUUGGGCCCUAUGCCGUGCUGCAUCGGUCAGGGGGCAGCUGUGAGAAUCAUCCCAAGUGGCUCCAUUGAAGCAACCCAUCAAGAAAUGCUCCAGUAUUUCUUGGCUGAUCUGAGUUACUCUUAGAUAGUUCAGCAUGAAACCUUAUUUGCAGGGGUUGACAUGAGGAUGAACGGAGCGUUUGUGCGAUGGGCAGAGUUGCACUAAUCACGUCGCUGCUCAGAUUGUGUUCUUGCACGGUUGUGCAAAAUGUAUGAGGCAUGCCAUAGGAUGCACACCCCGCUAGUGCAACACUAGUCUAGAACACACACUCCAGACUUUGCACAACUCGCUACUAGUGCAACAGCCUUGUGCCAGCACAAGGGCACACUUGCACAAGGGCUGGGUUAGUCUGGUUGUCAGCUGGGGGAAGGGGAGCGAAGAACGCCUCUGUGGCAAUCAGAAGUUUGCCAAACACCCAGUAAUCAAAGGUGGUGCCAUGACCGCUUCCUUUUCUCCCACGAACUCUGGGGCCAGUGCAAAGCGUGGGAAGUAUUUGAAAACAUUGCUGGAUAUUUAUGUCGAGGAUUCAGGCAUGGAGUCUUGCACCAGAGUUGUUGUUUUUCAUUUGUUGUGACUGCAGAUGAUGGACCUGUAUCAGCAGAAGUGUAUUUGACUUUUAAAUUUUUAUUUUUAUUUGUUUUA